UUCAAAAUGGUGCUAAAGAAAGUCGACAAUCGUAUUCGCGUUUUGAUUGAAAAUGGCGUCCAGAAAAAGCAAAGAUCACUGUUUGUUGUGGUGGGAGACAAAGGAAAAGAUCAAGUUGUCAUUCUUCACCACAUGCUGUCCAAAGCGACUGUCAAAGCAAGGCCUACAGUUCUAUGGUGCUAUAAAAAAGAACUGGGAUUCAGUAGUCACAGAAAGAAAAGAAUGAAACAGCUUCAAAAGAAAAUCAAGAGUGGGACCCUGGACCUGAAAAAAGACGACCCAUUUGAGUUAUUUAUCUCGGCUACUAAUAUUCGAUACUGUUACUAUGCUGAAACACACAAGAUCCUUGGUAAUACAUAUGGCAUGUGUAUCUUGCAGGAUUUUGAGGCUCUUACCCCAAAUCUCUUGGCCAGAACAGUGGAGACAGUAGAGGGUGGUGGACUGGUUGUUCUUCUGCUCAGAACAGUGUCCUCUCUGAAACAGCUUUAUACAAUGGCAAUGGAUGUACAUUCCAGAUACAGAACAGAAUCUCAUCAGGAUGUAGUGGGAAGAUUUAAUGAAAGAUUCAUUUUGUCGCUGACCUCAUGUAAGAGCUGCAUGGUUAUUGAUGAUCAGUUGAACAUCCUCCCAAUAUCCUCUCACACUCUAACCAUCACUGCAUUGCCACCAAAAUCAAAGGAAGAAUCCAUGACUGUGAAUGAGAUUGAACUGAAAAGUUUGAAGGAAUCAUUACAAGACACACAGCCUGUGGGAGCAAUUGUUAACUGCUGUCGCACCCUUGACCAGGCAAAAGCAGUUCUCAAGUUUGUUGAAACAAUAUCGGAGAAGACGUUAAGGAGUACUGUGACCAUUACUGCUGCCCGUGGCCGUGGAAAAUCAGCUGCCUUGGGACUGUCUUUGGCCUCUGCUGUCGCAUUUGGGUACUCAAACAUGUUUGUCACCUCACCAAGCCCAGAGAAUUUACACACAUUGUUUGAGUUUGUCUUUAAAGGAUUUGAUGCUCUAGAAUUUCAGGAACAUUUGGAUUAUGAGUUAGUGCAAUCAACCAACCCAGAAUUUAACAAGGCAGUUGUCAGAGUGAAUAUCUUCAGGGACCACAGACAGACUAUUCAGUACAUCCACCCAUCAGAUUCACACAAACUUGGUCAGGCGGAGUUGGUGGUCAUUGACGAGGCUGCUGCCAUCCCUCUUCCACUGGUUAAAGAUCUCAUGGGACCAUACCUUGUGUUUUUGUCAUCAACUGUAAACGGAUAUGAAGGAACGGGGCGAUCACUCUCCUUGAAACUGAUCCAACAGCUGCGAGAACAGAGCACAACUCUAGGGUCUGCCAACAAAGGCAGCAGCUCUGCUUCUCUUGGUCGCAGCCUUCAGGAGAUAACACUGAAUGAGUCAAUCCGUUAUGCCCCUGGUGAUGAGGUGGAGAGGUGGUUGAACCACCUUCUCUGUUUAGAUGCCACGGUGGUGCAAAGACUGACUUCAGGUUGUCCACUGCCCGAAAACUGUGAUUUAUAUUACGUCAACCGUGACACACUGUUCUCAUACCACAAAGCAUCUGAAGUGUUCCUGCAAAGACUUAUGGCUCUUUAUGUGGCUUCUCAUUACAAGAACACUCCAAAUGACCUUCAGCUGUUAUCUGAUGCACCAGCUCACCAUAUUUUCUGUUUGCUGGGUCCUGUUGAUCCAGCUCAGAAUACCUUACCAGAAGUGUACUGUGUCCUGCAGGUUUGCCUUGAAGGUGAUAUUUCAAAGUCGUCCAUCAUGAACAGUCUGUCACGUGGCAAAAGAGCAUCCGGGGAUCUUAUACCAUGGACAGUUUCACAGCAGUUCAAUGAUCAUGACUUUGCUGGGCUGUCUGGCGGGAGAAUCGUCAGAAUUGCCACCCAUCCUGACUUUCAAGGGAUGGGAUAUGGCAAACGAGCAAUGAACCUUCUUAUUCAGUAUUAUGAAGGCAAAAUUCCCAGUUUAUCUGAAGAAGGCCAGGAAGAUAAACAAAUUUCAACUUUGACUGGAGAUGAGGAAGUAGGUUUAUUGGAAGAGGUGAUUUCUCCAAGAAGUAAUCUGCCGCCUUUGUUGUUAAAACUUAGUGAGCGACCGGCUGAACAACUUGAUUAUCUUGGUGUUUCAUACGGACUGACGGUACAACUGCUAAGAUUUUGGAAGAGAUCUGGCUUUGUUCCUGUAUACCUGCGGCAAACUCCAAAUGACUUGACCGGUGAACAUUCUUGUAUUAUGUUGCGACGCUUGACUGAUUCCGAAGAAGACACUAGUGACAACUGGCUGCAAGCCUACAUGGCUGAUUUCCGCAGGCGCUUCCUGUCUCUCCUUUCUUAUCAGUUUCGUAGUUAUUCUCCGUCAUUAGCGCUGAGUAUACUGAAGAACAAAAGCGUCAAAGAAGGAGAGAGAGGUUUAACAAAAGGUGAAUUAGAAGCGGUCCUUACAACGUACGACAUUAAAAGACUGGAUCUUUACUCUCGAAACAUGGUAGACUACCAUCUAAUCACAGAUUUGCUUCCAGCGGUUUCAAGGAUGUUUUUCCUUCAGAGGCUGGACUUCGACCUUUCUGCAGUCCAAUCCGCGAUUCUUCUUGGUCUAGGACUUCAACACAAGACAAUAGAAACCCUUGAGAAGGAAUUGGAGCUACCUUCUUCUCAGCUCCUUGGACUGUUUAACAGAACUAUUAGAAAAGCUGUCCAGUGUUUUAAUUCAGUUCUGGAGUCAUCCUUCGACAGCCAAGUAACCAAAGGAAAGGAAGUGUCGAUGGAGCCGUUAGCUCAGGGACUUCAAGAGGAUCUGGAAGAAGCUGCAAAGGAAUUGAAAGAAAAACAAAAGAAAGAGCUGGAAAAACUCAAAAAUCUUGAUCUCAGCGAGUUUGCCAUAUCGGGAAAGGAUGAAGAAUGGCAGCAGGCUCUUAGCAGCAGUAAGAACAAUGUUAGCGUGAUCAGCGUGACAAGUACAAAGCGAAAGGCGAAGCCGUCCGACGAUCAAAAACGAUCACACAAGAAGCCAAAGAAGUCCAAACAGAAACACCACACCAGUUGAUUUUGGUGUCAAUAUACUACUUGGCAACUGGAGACCGGCACAGAAAGCUGACCUGCUGCGUCACCUCUAUCAUCUGUUUAUUUAAGAGUGGUUUGAAUGAACUGAACAGAAGUUUCUAUAUCUGGGCUCAGUUCUCCUUCAGACCAUGCGUUACAUAAGCUGUGAGCGUAACCAAAUAGGUGUGACUGAACACUGAAUAGAGAUCUAAAACUCUUGUCUUUAACCCACUUUUUUCGAUCAUUUUCGUCUUUAGAUACUCUUUCGAUACUUAUACUUGGUCACUUCCGAUGAUUUUUGAAUAUCUUUCUCGUCAACACUGGGCAACACUACAUUUUCCGUUACUAGUUCGUGGUCGGAAAUUGAAUCGCAAUGGAGAAUACUUAGUAGCCAGGCUCGAAAGGUGAGAAACAACCCAUGUAGCUGAGCGACCACGCUCGACAGCUGCCAAAAUAUUCAGAAAUCAGAAUCAUCUGUAGCUUGGGACUCUAGUGCAUAAAAAUUAACAUGGACUGAAUCAAACACGUGAUUUUUAAUCAGUACUCGGGAAGUAAACUGCCUCUUUACUAUCAUUUCCAUGCAAGACUGCGUCUGAUAACAAAAUAACCACUUGCGGGAUUUGAGGUGACGAUUUCAGAGACGAAAAGUGAAGCAAAGUGAAAAAUAUUUUCUGCAGUCUUGACUGGGAGCAAAGCACGUUUUCGGAAACGAAGGGAAUGCUAGUAGUUCCACCUGUCUUUUGUCUAUGAUUCCCCAACUGGAUUCACCUUUAGCUAGCACUCUAUUUCUAGAACCAAUGCACUUUUAUGGAAAGUAGUUCCACAGCUUUUUCAUUGUUCCAGAGACAUCCAGCUUUUCGCUUUUCUUUUGUUGAGCUGUAACAUAUUAAGCAAUACCAUGUAUAGAUACAAUAUGAAUGCAUUUUCACGUCUAGAAGCAGUGGACGUUUACGGAAGUUUGGUGAAAAUAGUUCCACGGCUUUUUCAUUGUUCCAGAGAUAUCCAGCCUUCCGCUUUUCUUUUGUUGGACUGUAACAUUUGAAGCAAUACCAUGCAUGGAUACAAGCGACCACGCUCGAAAGGUGACAAACAACUCAUGUAGCUGAGCGACCACGCUCGACAGCUGCCAAAAUAUUCAGAAUCAUCUGUAGCUUGAGACUCAAGUGUAUAAAAAUUAACAUUGACUGAAUGAAACAUGUGAUUUUUAAUCAGUACUCGGGAAAUAAAGUGCCUCUUUACCGUCAUUUCCAUGCAAGACUGCGUCUAAUAACAAAAUAACCACUUGGGGAAUUUGAGGUGACGAUUUAAGAGACGAAAAGUGAAACAAAGUGAAAAAGAUUUUCUGCAGUAUUGACUAACAACAAACACGUUUGCGGAAACUAAGGGAAUGCUAGUAGUUCCACCUGUCUUUUGUCUAUGAUUCCUCAACUGGACUCACCUUUAGCUAGCACUCUAUUUCUAGCGCUCUAUUUUUAGAAGCAAUGCACGUUUACGAAAGUUUGGUGAAAAUAGUUCCGCGGCUUUUUCAUUGUUCCAGAGACAUGCAGCUUUUCGCUUUCUUUCGUUGAACUGUAACAUUUGAAGCAAUACCAUGCAUGGAUACAAGCGACCACGCUCGACAGCUGCCAAAAUAUUCAGAAUCAUCUGUAGCUUGAGACUCUAAUGCAUAAAAAUUAACAUUGACUGAAUGAAACAUGUGAUUUUUAAUCAGUACUCGGGAAAUAAAGUGCCUCUUUACCGUCAUUUCCAUUCAAGACUGCGUCUAAUAACAAAAUAACCACUUGGGGAAUUUCAGGUGACGAUUUAAGAGACGAAAAGUGAAACAAAGUGAAAAAGAUUUUCUGCAGUAUUGACUAGGAACAAAACACGUUUGCGGAAACUAAGGGAAUGCUAGUAGUUCCACCUGUCUUUUGUCUAUGGUUCCUCAACUGGACUCGCCUUUAGCUAGCACUCUAUUUCUAGAAGCAAUGCACUUUUAUGGAAAGUAGUUCCACGGCUUUUUCAUUGUUCCAGAGACAUGCAGCUUUUCGCUUUUCUUUUGUUGAACUGUAACAUAUGAAGCAAUACCAUGUAUAGAUACAAUAUCAAUGCAUUUUCACGCUUUUCCAUUUCUCCAGGCCAGACACAUCUGGUGUAGCAAAUCAUACUUAAAAACCCUUGCUUUGGCCUUAUUACUCAACUUAAAAUUUACUGUCUGGUGCAGUAAACACCAAAGCAAAAUCAGAGUUAUGGAAUGCAACCCAUCAACAGCGUUCUCAGGUAAAAAAAUCAAUUUUGGACAUCGUAAAAAAGUGAGCUGGGCAUUCAACUUGGAAGAAGUUAAGUACUUCUCCGCCGAUUUUGAGUUUCAACAGUUUCAAGAACCAGAGGGCAAGAUAGCUACUACAGACUCGAUGCAAGCGAAGCUCAAGAAAAAGCCCCACGCGCUGAGAAACAAACGGUUUGCAUCUCUCUCGGACAUUGGUGACGGAGAUUUUAUUCAAUGGGUGCGGGAUAAAUGUGACCAAGUUGUGGGAAAGAUUUCAGGACAAUGCAGUGUUGUAAUUUUCAAAGAUUUGACCGUUUCAGUGGAAAACUAGACUGAUAAGAGCACUGUACACUGUAUUGGACAGUUCGAUUAUCUCCACAGUAGAACUGCCUGCAAGAUAACUGUUUCUUUAUCGUUCAACUGUAUCGUUGUUUUAUGUUGACCACACAAGUGAUAUUUUAAGAGACGACUCAUGGCUUGUCUUAUUCUCCUUUGACCCGAGCCAAAGGGCGCCUAUUGAUAGUAGAGAUGCUUUGUAAGCUCUCUGAAGGGACUGCCCUGAAAUUUUUACCUUUAGAUUUUUACUUUUAAAUAAAGGAGAUUAUCUAAAUAAGUAGCUCUUAGUAAACAGUCGUCUGUGUUCUUAUUUUCUUUAAGACAAACUUCAAAGUUAGCCAAGGGCAUCGGAGUGCGUAUAGAAAAAAAAAAUAUCAUAAUUAUAAAAUUACAGGCUAUCUUAAACCAAACUUCCAUGUAGAAGGUUUGCCAUAUUUGAAUUCAUUUAUAUCUAAAAUGUGCACAUCCGCGCACUGUCUGACUUAAAAUGCAAUAUGAAAAGAAACAAAAUCGAACAAAACAAAAACAAAGACCAAACUUAGACCAAAAAAAAGAAAGGUUUACAGUGCAAAAACUCCGUUACAACAUUUGUUCCCUUCUACGUGGAUAAACGAAAUGAAAUCUUCGAGGCUGGCCUAAGUAUGUUCUCUGAAACAAAACAAACAUUUCCACACUUGGCACUUUCUCGGUAUGUAAAAGUUAUCUUUGUUUAUGUUCACUUUCGAAGCAGAACGCCACCUGGUCUACGAGGCUUUUCUUAAUUCUUGUAGGUACGUGCGAGGCUUUUCUCAGUUGUUCUUAUACGAACGUUGAGGUAAAACCACGUUUUUGACAAGCAACACCUCUCCAUUUUCUUUGUUCCUCUCAUCGAAGGAGCAUCCGGACAGUUUUGCGUUUUUGCAUUGAUUUGCUGUGCACACUAAAACGCUGAAAACGAAAUUAUAUUGGGCAAUGAGCGGAUUUAGCAUGCGCAGAGUUCUUCAUUGUCAUGAAAUUUUCGAAAAGCAUCAUUUCGAAUGAAGGCACCCUGCAGAGCAUUCUUGAGCAUUCUCGGAUUCAUAUGCACGGAAGGCAAAAAGGCAUCGAAAAGUGUGCGUUUUCAAGGAAAAACGCAAACUUUGUGUACUUUGAAGACUCGCGAAGUCCGAUUUGUGUGAGGCAAAGAAUAGGGAGUGCGCUCUUUCCCUUGUGGAGUGUUAACCGUGCGAUUGAGAGCACCUCGAAAGUUGUAACCCCUCUCAUGGCGCAAUCAUUAGGCCAUUUUGGUAUCCCCGGUAUUGGACUGGAACUAGCUUGCAAUGGAGGCUCAUGCGGGGGAAUAUCAUCGCGCAUCAGGAUCAGCCUCAGUUGCAAGCUAGUUCCAGUCCAAUACCGAGAAUACGAAUAUGGCCUAUUGCUUAACCACUUCCAAACAAAAACUACACUUCAGUCCACCCCUCUUCAUCCCAGGCCCUGCUCAAACUUCUCGAGGGAUGAUCAGGAAGGGCCUUGCGAACAAGACUGAUUAACCAACGAGACAACCUCGUUCCCAUAAGCUCUCCUCGCUGGGAACCAUGUGAAACACAAAGAUUUCAAAAUUUAGAGCCUAUUUGUUAAUGGUUGGCAAACUUGAACGACGAAAAUAAUUUUUGUAUCUUCGUUUGUUUCCACUGGUGCUGAAAAGCUCCAUUGGGGAGAGAGCAAUUAAGAUAUAUAUUUAUAUUUUAUUAUUCAGCUGGAGAUUUUGGUCCGACUGAAGUCGGUACACGAAAGAUUUAUGUAGUUGCAAGAUUCUGAGGUAAAAUGUAAAUUCAUUUUUAAUCGACGUCGUUUAAGAUUAUUAAACCGGCCAAGCUGCAAUAGCUGUCACUGACCGGACGGUGGGUAAACCUGCUGGAAGUCGGCUUUCAACGAUACGAUAAUGGCAUAGAAGGCCUAAUAUUAACUGAAAAUAAACCGUCCCUGCCUUAAAGGUUUCAUUAAAACUGUCAGCUAACAUGCUGUGUAGCCUUUUUUUCGGGUCUGCGGCGGUGACAUCCGUGGCCUGGUUUGUAACAUUUUUUUCGGGUCUGCGGCGGUGACAUCCGUGGCCUGGUUUCCAAAAUGUUGCGACAAAAAAUAUAUAUUCCUGCUUUUUUCAUAGUCAUCUAGGGCAAGUUUAGAAAUCACUACGCGAGAGAUGACGAUGGCUCCCAAACUAAAGAAAAAAAUUACACCGAAUGAGUGACAAACGAAGUUUUAAUUAAAAGCAGCAAAUUAAGCAAAACGUCUGCUGCUGAUGCUUUUAUAUCAAGGACAACAAAGACAUAUCACAUUUCACUUCCUGUAAGAUGCGGUGGGGGGAGGGGUGGGAGUGGCGGGGAGUGGUGAGGAGUUUACCCUUUCCCUACAAAGUUACAGGUUUUUCGUUUAUAUACCAUACACAUUUUUAUUUCAACGAGGCGCUUAGCCUUGAAUGGAAUUGAAACGUUCAGUUCAGUGGCCAAAAUUUCGAAAAAAAUCCUUUUACUUUGUCUUGUGGUUGACAUUGUCUUUGUUUUCUCCUCACUGAAGACGAUCAAUUUACAUUUUCGCCUUUCUGUGUCCGGCAUAAUUGUGCUUUUCCGGCAAAUCAAUGCCAUUUCAGACAAGGGAAAAAAUGUUAAGAUGAAAUGCAUUCGCUUUUUACAGUGUAUAUCAGUGAUCUCGAAGAGAUGCAGCAGUGUAUGAAGUUGAAAAUAAAUGGAACCUACUUGAGGGUUUUGAACAGGAUCAACUUUCACACAGACAAAUUCGUUCAAAUGUCAGUUUAUUACUGAAAAUUAAGUGGGUUGAGAUUACUCAUCAGUUUUGAUAUCAAUCUUUCAGUUGGUUUAAGAUUAUUAUACCAAUGUGCGGAAUUUAAGUACCAGCAUGAUGGAAACAAUGUGUUUAAAUCAAGAAAAAAAUUUACUUAAUUAAGUUCUUGUGAAGUAGGCGUAAAUUGUAAUCUAUUCUUGACACAUGCAUUUAGGUUUGCAUUCUCCAUAAAUCUAAAAGAGUUGAUUCCCAAUACCUUUCUAAGUCCUUCAAAUCUGCAAUGUGCAAUGCCGAUACUGGUGUGGCCGAGGCAUUGCAAGGGUCGUCCUACUUCAAAUCAAGAAACAAAGAUUUAAAUAAAGGAGUUCUUGUGAAUCAACCGUAACUUGAACAAAACUAUUCUUGAUGCCUAGGCUGGCAUUCUCCAUAUCUCUCAAUGCCUGUCUAAGUCCUUCAAAUCUGCAAUAUGCAAUACCGAUGCCGAGGCAUCGCAAGAGUCUCCUAUAUCAAAUCAAGAAACGAAGAUUUACAUAAUCGACGGUUCUUGUGAGGCGACCGUAAAUUGUAGUUUAUUCUUGAUAUCUAGGCUUGCAUUCUCCAUAGAUCUCGAACAGUUCAUCCCAAUACCUGUCUAAGUCCUUCAAAUCUGUGAUAUGAAACUCGCCCGAGUGUCCUGAAAUUUUCCCACCGAGUCGUUCAAAUAUUUCCUGCAUCUUUUGCAAAAUAUCAUCGCAAAUGUCUGAGUUCUUUAAAGCACGGGCCUUAAUUUUUAACCUCUUCAGCACUGAGUGUCCCGUGUUGCUUUUUCUUUCUUCGCACUCAACGCUGGAAGGGGUAAAGAACACAAUUUCUUCCAGGUUGUAGGCCCAAUGUACCUUUUUGUGAUCGCCAAGAUUAAGUUCUUCCCUCUGUAACACCGUUGUUGGUUCGCGGUCCAUAACUUUGGUUUCCGUAUUACACCAAGUUCUCACGAAGUUUUGCUGUAGAUUCGUCCAGUAGGAGAUGCUGAAAGCCCAAAUGAUUUCCACUCAAACAGACAACGUUAAAUAUAGGCUGCGCGAUUGUUAACGAAAAACGUGUAUUCGUCUCAAGUUUGGUUCUGAAAACGUGCAUAUCCACAGAAACAGCUGCAACUGUUUUUCGCCAGUAUCCUGCAACUCUAGAGAAAAAAUAUAACUCUGGAGGCUUUUUACGAUCGACUUUAACAUUGCGUAUUUCACAUAGCAUUUCUGUUUCCUUGAGAUAUAAACUGACUCUACUCUUUAGUCACGCGUUGUAGUUCAAGUAAGAUGAAAAUCCCGUGAAACGCUGUGAUCACAACAAUCGAAUAUUAAUAAGUCCAAUGAAUUGCCCAAUCAUUCACAGCCCGGUAAUCAGUGCAGGCUUUACGCACCCAGCUUUUUCUUCAUAAAGUGUCAGCUGGAACACAUAAAAACAACUUAUUAUGGCCUUCAAGUCUGAUGCAGCGGAUGCAGUUUCAGUGAUACUGCUUGGAACAGUUGAAGAAAUCCCCAAAAUCAUUCCUAACAUGGCCUAUGACGUCAUGAAAUAAUAUUUUUAGAACUUACCCAACCCAACAUUUUUGUGUGGCAAACCGAGGCAUUCAAAAAUUAGUCAAAACAUGAGCUUAACCUUUCAGAGACACUUGCGGCGUAGCGUUUUAAGUUUUUUAAUAAUAUCGGUUAUGACGCCAUGACGUAAUUUGUUUAAAAAAUUUCCAACGAAGGUUUUUGAUGUGGUAAACCCAAACAUACAGAAGAGUCAAAACAUUAGCUUAAGCUAUGAGAGACAUGAUGGUUUAGCUUUUAACUUUUAACGAUGUGUCUAAUUAUCAUAAACAUUUACUUAAAACAUGUUCUGAAGUUGCAUUCUUUAAUUUAUCACGGAAUAUAAGUUGGUAGGAUCAAAAUAGGAUUUUAUUAAAAUAAACUGCUCAAGCAUUACUAAGGUUGAUUGGUAUUUACACGGGAAACAGAUUAGUUCACGGUUUGGUCAAAUGGUGCGCAGAAUUCCCGAACGAAUGUAGCAUGUUCCAUGUUCCAGAAUUACCUGUGCUUGUGCGAAUCGAAGAUCUUUUUCGGGAUUUCCGGAACAGAGUACAACCUCAGGCGCUUUCCAUUCAACUAAAAACUCCGGAACUUUCGAAAUGGGGGCAAAUGACGCGGAAAUUUCUCUGGAAAGUUUCCGAAAUAGCCGAAAAUUGUUAAAUUUCAAAAAAGCGAACAAUUAAACCGAAAAUUCUGGAAAUGCAAGAGGAAAAUCAAAUGGAAUGGAAAGUCGUUGUAAGAAAUUUACGAAAAUUUGAGUACAACUGGUGAGGUUGUCCUCUUUACCUCAAAUUCCGGAAAAUACGGAUAAGAAAUUUGUGCGCAUUCAAAGCGGAGUUUUUGGUGGAAUGGAAAGUGUCUCACGCGAAGUAUACGUAAUUUUCGAAAACAUAUUACCGGAAAUUUCCGUCCCAUUCGAUUUGCGGUAUUUUGGUUUGAAUGAUUCGCAUUUCAGCAAUUUCAACAUCUUUGGAUUUUCUGGAAACUUUCGAAAGACAUUUUCGUACCAUUUGCCUCCUUUUCUAAAUUUUGAAUGGAAAGCGCUCUUGGAAACCGGACUCUCACGAUACAAACAACCAGUAACUAGUUAAAAGUUUUGCAAUUAAUGUCGCAUUACUUUGUUUAAACUAUUCCGACUGGGCUUUUUUUAUCUUCCACGACCGGAAGUGGGCAGAAUCCCCCCCCCCCGCUACCUUUCCGAGAUAAUGAAACCUGGGGGUUAUGGUAUCUCGAAGAGUGUUGCUUUUGAGGUAAACAACACGAGAUGAAAUCAAAUGUUUUCCGAACAGCCACCAUCUUGGAUUCGCCAAUGUGGUUUCUUGAAUUUUUUCAAAACAUCAGAAAACCAGUAAACGUGACUUAAAAACAAUCAAUAUAACAAUGAUAAAAAUUCAUGAAAUGCAAACAUAACUCCAUGAAAGGUUCAUUAUGUUAAUCAAAAGAGUAAAAUUCCAAAUGUGAAAGCACAUGUUUGUCAAAAUACGGAUGCCAGGUCCGAGUAUAGUGACCUGUUGGAGUUGCUGGCAUUUUUAAGUUAGAUAUUGUAGACUUUUACAAGUUCUCCGUCAGCCUGGACAAUUUCCGCCUCUCACUUUCUCCCCAGGGCCGAAUAGGGAUAAAUAAAAACAAAAUUUACAUCCUACAAACCCUGAGGUUUACUGUCUGCGAAUGAAACUCCCCAGAACUAAAUUUGGUCUGAUUGAUCGUUUUUACAAAAAUCAUUAGAACUUUGCUUUACUUCCAUUUAAAAUGCCGGCUACUUCGGAGAUUUUAGAGUAGAUGAAAAAGGAGUACGCUUUCCAAAUUUUAAUUUUGCAUUGUUCAUUGCAACCAUGUUAUUGGGAAAACACGAUUCGGAAAAUUACAGAGCACAGAAUGGGCCCACCAUUUCGGUUGAGUGGUGUACCAACAUGACGGCACUGAUAUUAUCAUUUGUUUUGACACGGAAAGCAUAUCUAAGAGUAUUUAUCGAUAAUAUUACGGGUCCAGCUGAAUAACGUUUUCUCAGUUGUCAAAACUUUUUAUCUAAAACAGGAAGAACUUUGCUGAAACAAAAAUCGUCCAAGUAAGUAGCUGAACUGAUGGUGAGAAUGCGCUACGAAUAGCCUUGUUCGAGGCAUAUUGUGAAAUAUGGACUGAACUGGACUGCAUUGUAAAACAUGGACUGGAUUUAUAAAACUUA